UCCUCGUCGCCGCAGGCGCCGGUGGACAGCGCGGAGGAGGCGGAGCAGCCCCUGGCGGCCCCCGCGGAGCUGGCCGCCCAGAAGCGCGAACAGAGGCUGCGCCAAUUCCGGGAGCUGCACCUGAAGCGGGAAUGUGCAGCGAGAGGGGAGGACUAUGAGAAAGUGAAGCUGCUGGAGAUCAGUGCAGAAGAUGCAGAAAGAUGGGAGAGGAAGAAGAGGAGGAAAAACCCUGACCUGGGAUUCUCAGAUUAUGCUGCUGCCCAGUUACGCCAGUAUCAUCGGCUGACCAAGCAGAUCAAACCUGACAUGGAAACCUAUGAGAGACUGAGAGAAAAACAUGGAGAGGACUUCUACCCAACAUCCAACAGUCUUCUUCAUGGAACACAUGUGCCCUCCACAGAGGAAAUUGAUAGGAUGGUCACAGACUGGGAAAAGCAAAUUGAAAAACGAGACAAGUAUAGCCGGAGACGUCCUUAUAAUGAUGAUGCAGACAUCGACUACAUUAAUGAAAGGAAUGCCAAAUUCAAUAAGAAAGCAGAAAGAUUCUAUGGGAAGUAUACAGCUGAAAUUAAACAGAAUUUAGAAAGAGGAACAGCAGUCUAAUCUCCUUUAGGAACUGUUUUGACUGCCAAAUUACAACAGUAAACCAGGACUUCACCUUUCCUUUUAUAAUUUGUGUUCUAUGACUAUGUAUUUUCAUGUUUAUGUAUUUAUUACUCACUCAUUUCAGAAAAAAAGUCAUGUAUUUCUGUGUUCAGAGUGUGUGCUUCAUGUGUGUCCUCUGCUGGGCUUAAAUUUCCUAGCUACAGACAUGUGAGUCACCAUCAUCCUUACAUUUGUCAUAUGUUUGACUUGACCUAGAGUGGAACUUGGGAGCUUCAGAGAUAGAAUGCUAAAUUGAGACUGCUUUUUCUUGUAAGCUAUGGUAGGUAGUGAAAGCAAGGGGACAGUGGCUCCUGGAAAUUACCCUGGCCAACCCUCUCCAGAAAUAGUCACAGUUAGCAGGUACUAGCCUAUCCCAUGCUCUACCCCAGGGCCCAGGUACAUUUAUGGGACAGGCACAAAAGAUAGGUACUGCUCCUCUAAUGACAUUUUGUUAAAUACACCAUUUUCAAAAGCAAAUUUCCCUUGGAAGAAAGUAAGUUAAAACAUUUGGUCAAAGUAUUAUUAAAGCUUACAUAAUACAAUGUUUUUUUUAAAAACCUAAUUGAAAUUUUAACCUUAUUUCAACUGUAACUGAAGAAUGAGGGCACUAGUUUGAGUAGUAAUUAUGGGAAAUACAGGACAGAAAACCUGAAAGUCAGGAGUAUCCCAUGAAACUAGAGGUUAUUUGUGCCAUUUUAUAUGAGAAGAGUAGGACUGGGAUCAGUUAAGUUGGGCACACCAGUAGCUCUGAUUUAGUGAAUGAUGGGCUGAUUAAAAUGGUAAUGUAAGUGCAAUUUUAAUAGUGGUACAUUGAAUGUACUGUGAAUAGAGAAACUUUAAUGUUGUACAUUCAAAUAUAGAAGGAGGUAGAUCUGUAUAU